AUGGAAGCCUCUUCGCGCCAUCGCUACGGCCUCAGGCGGCAGGCCAGCAAUGACGACGACGGUCUACUCAACCCAAACAUCUCGCUGGGCAAGUGCUACUUCGGCCCCAACCAGCCUGCUGCCGACAACUUCAUCCCCUGCGGCAACUAUGCCUUCGACACCUACUCGUGCUGCCAGGCUGGAGACAAUUGCCUCGCCAGCAAUGCCUGCUACAACUACAGGGGCGACAUCACAUACAUAGCUGGCUGUACCGACUCGACUUACAACUCGAGCAAGUGUCCCAACAAGGGCAGCUUUGGCUCCCAGCAGUGGUCCGGCCUCGUCCAGUGCGAUGCCAAAGCCGGCACCUGGACAAACUGUCAAGAGGCAGACGGUGCCACUGCCGUCCAGGACGCCAACAAGCAGUGCAGCUGUGGCAACAGGCAGCCUCUCUUCACCGCCAGCGCGAUCCUCGAGAACCUUGCUGCGCUCCCCCUCGCCGUCAGCGGCUCCAUCUCCUGGGUUUCUGGCAACACGCCCACCGCCACCUCCCCAACCAUCACCCCGAGCGCAUCCACAGCACCCACGAGCUCAUCGGCGAGUUCCGCCACAACCACCAGCGGCUCGUCCUCGGCUGUCUCGUCGGGUACACCGAGUACAUCGAACAUGGCGCAAGCGUCGCCAACUGGGUCUGGCGUAGACACUGGUGGCGGCAGUGGCAGCACAGGCCUGUCUCAGGGCGCCGCAAUCGGCAUCGGUGUCGGCUGUGGCGUGGGAGCGCUCCUCAUCAUUGCCGUCGGCGUGCUGCUUUGCAUGCUUCGCAGGCGGCGGCGGACUGAGGAUCAGCACUCCGUCAAGUCCAGCCCCCAUGCCGGGGGAGACAGAGGGAGUGGUGAGAUGAGCUCCGUCCAUGACAGACCAGUCUCGACAUGGCAGGGCAGCAAUGCUGGUGCGAUGGACAGUCCAGUCAUGUCCGGCUUCAAAUCAGAGCUGCCUGCCAAUGAUGUGCCUCGUCCACCACCAGCCGAGCUUGACAGCACAGCCACGCCAAACCCGACUGUGUCACCCAGCCUCAGGGGUGCUGGUACAGCUACUCCGUCGACGCCCAUGACGGUAUCCAGCAUGGCACACGACGAUGACGACCGAGGUGCCAUAGGCGACGCGAGAAACAAAAUGCAGCCGCCGAUUGCGGAGUUGGAGUGA